CCAAGUACGGCCAGCUGCGCGACACGGCCGAGGUGCUCCUCGCCGAGUCGGGCGAGACGUACGCCUUUAUCGACAAGAUGGUCCGCGCCAUCUCGGGCCCGCUGCGCAGUCGGCGCAUCCACAUCGGCAUGGACGAGGCGCACGGCGUCAGCGAGGGGCGGUACCGCCAGCUGUUUGGGUACAAGGACAGCACGCAGGUGUUCACCGAGCACCUGAGGCGCGUCGACGAGAUCUGCAGGGCCCACCAGCUCGAGCCCAUGAUUUGGUCCGACACGGCCAAGAACAACCAGCUGUCGGGCUACUACGACCCCAACUCGCAGAUCUCGUCAGAGUUGACCGACGCCAUCCCGAGCGGCAUCAGCACCGUCUUCUGGGAGUUCUGGACGGCGCUCCCGUUCACGUUCGCGACGGUGCGGGCGAGUAUGAAGGCGAGCAAGGACCCGAACGCGGGCGUCAAGCACGUCAUGACGACCAUCUGGGGCGACGAGGGCAACGAGUGCGACCUGUACUCGGCGCUCCCGGGCAUGCUGUACCAGGCCGAGAGCGCCUACACGCGCGCCGACGAGGUCGACGCCGAGCUCCUCCGGCGCAAGUUUGACGGCAUCGUCGGCGCCGACUUGGACGACUGGGUGUACGCGAGCAAGCUCGACGACACGCAGGCCGAGAGCCAGCCGAUCAGCGUCAACUCGCACUACACGCCCAACCUCGCCAAGUUCCUCCUGUGGGAGGAGCCCUUCUUCUCGUUCCUUUCGCCGCAGUACCGCGGGUACGACCUCGAGGCGCAUUACUCGCACUUGGCGUCGUACCUCGAGCAGGCCCUGUCGUCCGACUUCAGCACCAUGACGCCCUCGAUCUCGCUCCCGCACUCGGUCGACGACCUGCCGCUCAACGUGCGCCUCAAGCUCCCGUACCUCCUCGCGAGCGUCCUCAGCCUCAAGUGCCACCUCCGCGAGCGCCUCGCCAACGCGUACCGGCUCGGCGACCGCGAGGAGCUCGAGGCGCUCGGUGGUGCGGGCGAGCGGAGCAGGAUGAGCAGGCUCAGGGGGCUCGUCGACGAGCUGCAUGCGCUGCACCGCGACAACUGGAUGUCGAUGUACAAGCCGUUCGGGUGGGAGGUCCUCGACCUGCGGUACGGCGGCCUGCGCGCGCGCCUCGAGACGAUGCACCGCCGCCUCGUCGCGUACCUCGACCCGGCCGACGCGAGCGUCACAAAGAUCGAGGAGCUCGAGGUCGAACUCGAGACCAUCUACCCGAACCAGGGCUGCUCCCUCAUGCUCGACUAUGCGCGCUGCUCGCGCCCGCAGUACAUCUAGUCCCCCCCUCCUUUCGCUCGGACCCUCUCUUCGCCGUUCUCGCACGCCGCACGAUUGCCCUGUAGCACCUCGUCCUCUCCUUUCCCUCGUCUUCUCUCUCUGUCCCUCGACGAUCCUGUGCAAUACACUGUCGCACUAUGGCGUC